UGAUCAGCAUGCCUUUCAUGUCCUUGCACUCUAGCUACGUGGCUGUGUGUGCUGAGAUCCAGGAGCCCCACGUGUACCUGCAGAACAGCCAGGUGGAACUCAGCAGCCUCUAUCUGGACGUGCCCACAAAGUCGACUCUCUCACUCAUCAACAGCACGCUCCUCCCCACCCGGUUCCACUGGGGCAAGCUCCUGGGAAACCAAGCAGCCUCCUGCACAGUGACAGUUUCCCCUAGACGUGGCCUGCUGGGCCCUAGUGAGGAGCGCCAGUUCGUCUUGGAGUUCACAGCUCAUACCCAGUGGCCAGGCCACCCGGAAGAGCUCCACCUGGACUUUGGCUCGAUGGUGCCACUGAGGACCUGUGUGAAUCGCCAGCUCAUCCUGAAUAAUCACUCACCAGUUCAGACUUCUUUCAUCCUCAAGUUUGAGUACUUCGGGAGCUCUCCGAACAGCCUGAGCAAAAGGAGCAGCUUGUGA